AUGUUUCCCAGUUCCUCAGUGGAACAUCAAUUGUUCUCCACCAAAUGCAGCGGCUGCCUGGAGCACAUUGCUCCUACAGAGUUGGUAAUGCGCGCUCUGCAGAGCGUUUACCACCUCAGCUGCUUCUGCUGCAGCGUCUGUGGGCGCCGGCUGAGCAAAGGAGACCAGUUUGUGGUGAAGGCAGGUCAGCUGCUGUGUAAGGCCGACUAUCAGAUGGAGGGAGCCAGCCCCGAGGCCUCAGACUCAGAAAAGAGUGAAGAGGAAACUUUGGAUGUUAAGUUAGAGAGGAGAAGCGAUGACAGUAAAGAUCCUCGCCGGCCUAAGCGGCCGCGCACCAUCUUGACCACACAGCAGAGACGUGCCUUCAAGGCUUCCUUCGAGGUCUCCUCCAAGCCCUGCAGAAAG